AUGGAUCUUCCCAUAUACUACACUCGUGCAGAGUACAUUGAGACGGACACUGGGAACAAAGUCUCCCGUAGGGCCACCAUCUCCGGGCCUCAGAACAUCAUCUUGGGAGGGAAGACUAUCAUUGCAAGUGGAGCGAUAAUCCGAGGAGACCUGCGUAGGACAGGUCCAGGACAUGCGGUGGUCAUCUCACUGGGGAGGUAUUGUCUUAUAGGGGAAGGGUGUGUAAUGAGGCCACCGUACAAAACGUAUCGCGGAAACUUCAACUACUACCCUAUGAAGAUCGGCGACCAUGUGCACAUAGGUGCAAAUUCCAUUGUCGAAGCUGCCACUAUCGGGAAUCAUGUUGAGAUUGGGAAGAACUGCAUCAUCGGAAAGUUCACCAUUAUCAAAGAUUGCGCCAAGAUUGCAGACAAUACCGUCAUCCCGCCAAAUACCGUCGUACCAGCUUUAGUACUGUUCGGUGGCUCCCCGGGUCGGUUCAUUGAAGAUCUUCCGGAGUCGACACCAGAGAUGGUUGAAGCUCAGACGAAGCAGUAUUACACUCGCUUUCAACCUCUUCCGGCGGACAGAUGA